UAGCCUCCCUUUCAUCGACUUGGAAAUAUUUCCACGUGCAAAAAUAGUUUGUAAACUUUUUGUGACUUUGUUAUUUAUUAUAAAUUUAGAAAAACAAAGUAUAUUAACGCCUUCAUAGAACUUCCUCAAUAUUUGUGAGCCUAGUGUUAUGGGCGAUCGCGAAUUCUUGGAAGCAGAUGAUGUUGAAAGUGUUCAAUUGUCACAGGAGUCACAACUAUCAGCUGUUAGUACAAAUCUAUCACAAGAUCUAUCGCAAGGAUCAGCUGAUCUUGACACAGCACUGGCUUCGUCAAAAAAUAGGACUGUUGACAAAAAGAAAAAGAAGAAAUCGAAACGCGAUAAACGGUGUUCGUCUCAGGAUAAUGAAAAAGUGUGUGAUGGUAACGAAGCAGGCGACUGUGAUAACUCUGGCAGUAUUAAAAGUUCCAAAAGAUCUUCCAAAAGUUCGAAAGUCAAAAGUGAAAAAAGUGACACUAGUGAAAAAAAACAUAGAAAACAUUCUAGCAGGAGGCCGGAUCCCGAGGGUGGAAACCCCGCUCAGCCCGACACAAACGGUAUUAUAGAGUAUGAGCGGAUCAUUAACAGCACGGACCCAUUGUUUUCGGACUUAGAGCUCGAUCUCACAGACGAUGCUAAGCAGGAGGCCAACAGACCUAGGCGCCCCCCUAGGCAAAGCAGGGCUGGACUAUCAGGGGGCAUCUUCAUUCCAUGUACCCAGCUAGGCAUAAACUCGAACACUAUGAUCAAAUUUGCUAUCAUUGGGACAGAGCUUCAGAACAUUUUCCAGGUGUCUCAGAGGCUGGAAAGUGAUACUGCUGGUUUGAAUAGGCGUAUCCAACUUUUAGAAGAGGACUUGGAAAGGUCUGAGGAACGUCUUCAGAGUGCCACAGAAAAAUUAGAAGAAGCAUCUAAAGCAGCAGAUGAAAGUGAAAGAGGGCGUAAGGUAUUGGAAAACAGAAGUCAGGGAGAUGAAGAAAAGCUCGACCUCCUUGAAAAGCAAUUGGAAGAAGCCAAGUGGAUAGCAGAAGAUACUGAUCGCAAAUAUGAUGAGGCUGCUCGUAAGCUGGCUAUCACUGAGGUGGAUCUUGAGAGAGCUGAGGCCCGCUUGGAGGCCGCUGAGGCGAAAGUGAAAGCACUAGAGGCUGAAGUCCAUGCUCUAACCAAUAACCUUAGAUCAUUAGAGCGAUGCGAGGAGAAGGCUUCCCAGAGAGAGGAUAGCUACGAGGAGACAAUUCGGGACUUGACACAGAGGCUUAAGGAUGCUGAAAACCGUGCCACUGAAGCUGAGCGCACUGUCUCUAAACUGCAGAAAGAGGUGGACAGAUUGGAAGAUGAGCUGCUGGCAGAGAAAGAGAGGUACAAGUCAAUUUCGGAUGAGCUGGAUUCCACGUUUGCCGAGCUGGCUGGCUACUGAGCCUCCUAUCGCCUUAUUGACAACGUUGAUAAAAGAGCUUCCUCAUCAUUUCACUCAUUGUCGCAGUUUAUUAAAUGUAUUGUGAUAGGCUCGGUCUGUUGCCAGAGUUUCAAAAGGCAUUUAGGCAACGUUGUCCACUUUCUCGAUAGCUUGUUAACAACUCUUUUUUUCUGCCCAUUUUUUUGGAAUUGUAAGCCAAGUAAUCUAGUAAUUUUUUACCAAAUACUUGAAGAAAUUUGUGUGUGUGUAUGAUGAGGAAAUAUGUGGUUAACCGAAUUCUAUCAGGAAGACCAAACAGACAUUGUAUAAAUUGUUUCUUGCUUGCACCUUUCAUAUUUGUACAAAGAACGUUACUGCUCUAAAAAACAAAAAAUUUCUAUUUGGCUAAAACAUGCUGCUGAUAUUUCUAAGAAAUCUUUUCUCAGUAAUCACCUGGCACAGGGAGACGAAUGACCGGGCUUUGUCAUUGAUUUAAUUCUAAGCACUCAGAAAGAUAAGAGCUGUCCAACUUGUACUCUUAUCUGAUAUAUAAAUUGCUCCCUGUCCUGUUUAAAGAUUUCCAACACCAUGUUUUAGCCACGCCACCAUUUUUUUAAAAACUCAUGGGGGUUGAAUAUUUUUAGCAAUUAUAUAUAUAUUCAUUGUCAAAAUGAACAACAUUUUAGUAAUUUCACCUCUUCUUGGGUGAUCUUAACGAUGCUGGAAUCUUGCAAUGAGAACCCCUGGGUCAGAAUGUUGGUGAUUUUACCAGGCAAUUUGCUCCACAUGGAUCUAUGACUUGUAACAACUUCAACAUGCCAGUCUGUCAACACACGUCCGAGCCCCCUCUCAGAAAGUAACACCAAGUAGUAGGGGACAGCCAGUCACACUAAGUUACCACCUUGCACAUUGCCAACUGUUAAACCAACCUCCUAGCUGAUCUAUGUUAGGCAAACCUGGUAGAAUACAUCAAACCCUGACUAGUUUCACCACCUCAUCACUACUCAUACUUAAAACAGCUUAUUUUCGCAGUGGCUAGAAAAAAAAUAUACACCCAAUGCAAUGUUCACUUGGAUUUUUUUUAAAACAAUAAAUUGAACUAUACAAUUUCUAUAAUUAUAUUACUAUUUUGUACAUUUGAGAACUUUGUUUAUUUUUUUUUUUUUUGAGCGAAUCCAGGUAUAACAUUAUCUUAUCUUGCUAACUGAUGGUAGCUAUAGUUCAGUAUGCCUUGAUAAAAAAAUUUCUGUGAACAUAAGAACCUCACAAUAAAAAGGCCCAUGAAUACUGUGUAUUUAUUUCUAUUUUUACAAAAUUCGUGCUGUGUAUUUAUUUUUUUUUCAAUUUUUUUUAUUUAUACAAUUAAAGAUGCUUCUCUGCUUCUCUCCAUCUGGUCUGUUGGAAUAAAUGUUACACAUAAGCUGGUCUUAAUCCAGUCUUGCCCUAAAGCAUAAUUUCAGACAAUAGAAAUUUGAUGUAUCUUCCUGACCUUUCAAUUAAAAGUUUUGUUUCGCUCAUGGAUGAUGUCAUUUAUUUAUAAAUAUAAUUGAUUGUCCUUCAUUUAAUUGAUGUUCUAAUGAGAGAUCUUAAAAGAAACUUAAAAAAAACAAACAACAAAGGUCUUACACCAACUGAAAUUGUGUACUUGCUUAAUAAUAUUUAUGUGUAUCUCUUACACCUAGUUCAUAGCCAUGGCUUAAACCAAAAAAAAAAAGAACAAUUUUCUGGGGCUUCAUUAAAAUUUUCAUAAUUUUUUCCAAA